GGUGUACACGUGCUAUCACGGUCGUCGAACGUCCAAGAGAGAGCCGGUCCGCGUUCGGCGCGUCCCCGUUUCUGCCUCCGUUCGGCGUGCCCCCGCGUUACAAUAACCUUUUAUAAACACAGCUGUCCGCCCCGCACGUUUUGGCCGUUUACUGCGCUCGAACGCGCAACGAUUACCUUCGCUCGGCGACCGUUGUGUCCACGUCCAGUUCUCCAUUGUUCUCACUUGGCGUCGUCCCCGUUGCCGAACCGUUCGAUCGUUACGCACUCCGAUGCCAGGUCACGCGAGCAAAUUGUUUAAGGACUACGCGUUCGCCGCAGUGUCCAGCACGUAUGUUUCCAGAGCGCUUGGCCUGAUGUGCCUGAGCCUAGCUUCUUUGGCCGUCAACGAGACGGUGGAGCUGGUCAAAGGAUACUUUUGGCGCAACUACAUUACCGAACUCGAAGUCUCGAACUCGGAUAAAUGUUAUCACUGGCUGUUGCAGUGGAUAGCCAGACACUGCAAUGACCAGCUACUGCAUUUUUCUGUGACCACGACUAUGCCCCAGACUGAAUCGAGCCUUGAGAUUCCAAAGUUCGAUUACGAGCCUAGUGCUGGUGAACACAUGUUCAAGUACAAGGGCCACACGGUAGUGUUAAAACGGAACCGCAACCCUGUGAUGACAAGCGAAUAUGGGACUAGGCCGUUCGAAACACUGUACCUGUCCAUUUGGGGUCGAAACAAACACGUGCUGAACGAAAUUCUGGAAGAGUCCAGACGGUACGCGAUGUCGGUCAUGGAAUCCGGGACCACGCUCAUGGUGCCGUCCUACGACACAUGGCACAAUUUCGGUGAGCCCCGAGUGCCCCGGUCAAUGUCGUCGGUCAUAUUGGACGAGGGAGUGUUCGACCGGAUACUGCGCGACGUGCGGGACUUCGUGGACGACCGAUCGUGGUAUAUCGACAGGGGAAUACCGUAUCGCAGGGGGUACCUGCUGUACGGGCCGCCGGGCUGUGGCAAGACGUCGCUGAUCUUGGCGCUGGCGGGCGAAUUCAAGUACAACCUGUGCGUGUUGAGCCUGAACGACGUGAAGAUGUCUGACGAGCAGCUCGUUCAGCUGAUGGGAGAGGUUCCGACCAAGUCGUUCGUGCUCUUGGAGGACAUCGAUGCGAUGUUCGGCAGCAGGCAAGGCGAAACUGUUGUAGUGGGUAGUGCCAAAGUGACGCUGAGUGGUUUGCUAAAUGCUCUGGAUGGGGUUGUAUCAUCCGAGGGUCGAAUUCUAUUCAUGACAACCAACUACAUUGAAAGAUUAGAUUCCGCUCUGGUUCGGCCGGGUCGUGUUGAUUUCAAACAGUAUAUUGGUACAUGUUCGAACUAUCAGUUAUUGCAAAUGUUUGCUCGGUUCCGUCCAGACAGCACAGAAGAUGAUCAGAAGAGAUUUAUAAAUGAAAUAUCUAUACAAAACAAACCGGUGGUUCCAGCUCAUUUGCAAGAGUUUUUUUUGGCUCAGAGGCAUAAAAAACUAGAUGAAUUGUUUGAACAUAUAAAUGAUUUAUGGCAGGAUGUACAAGACAUUCAAUUAUAACAGAGUAACAAUAAUA